UUUUGUUAGCCUUUAUUUAAAUGCCGGACUGUGAGGUCGUAUCGAUCGAGUUGUAAGCGAUAGUCCCGGAUUAAAUCAGUGCAGUCACUGCUCUCUCAGACUGAUUUAUCGAUUAGGAAGUGUCUGCUGAUCAAGAUGGUGUGGUGUUGUCAUCAAGCCAUGAAACUGUAUAUAGUGGGACUAGUAUUGGCCCUGGUGGCCACAACAUGGUCAUCAGCCAUCCCUAAACCAGACGAGCACAAAAACAGAGCUUAUGACAAGGACCUCAGUGAUCAACAGCAUGAACGGGAAGGAGAUCAUAACAAUGGUUAUGAUCACGAUGCCUUUUUAGGAAGGGAAGACGCAAAGUCCUUUGAUCAGCUGACUCCUGAAGAAAGCAAGGAAAGAUUAGCAAUAAUAGUAGACAAAAUUGAUAAAGAUAGGGAUGGCUAUGUGACAGAGAAGGAGCUUCAGGACUGGAUCCACUAUGUGCAGAGGCGCUAUAUUGUCACUGAUACAGAGAGAAUGUGGGCAGAUCAUGAGACAGAAGGAGAUAAACUUACCUGGGAUUCUUAUAAAAAGAGAACAUAUGGGUUUUUAGAUGAAGAUCUCCCCCCAGAUCACCCAAAUCAUAGCUACAAAGAAAUGAUGGAUCGUGACAAGAGGCGCUGGGCCAAAGCUGACAAAGAUCAGGAUAACACACUCACUAAAGACGAAUUCACAGACUUUUUACACCCAGAAGAGGCAGAGCAUAUGAGAGAUGUCGUUGUCAUGGAAACUCUUGAUGACAUUGACAAAGAUAAGGAUGGCUUCAUUUCUUUGGAAGAGUUUAUUGCUGAUUUAACGGGUGAUGAAGAUGAGGAUGAGGAAGAUGAUGAAGACGAUGAUGACUGGAUAGAAUCAGAACGGGAUGAGUUUAAAAAUCGCCAUGACAGAAACAAGGACGGCAAAUUAGAUUUGGAAGAGAUUAAAUCCUGGGUUAUUCCUGACGAUUUUGACCACAGUGUUUCGGAGUCAAAACACUUAGUGUCCCGAAGUGAUGAGAACAAGGAUGGUAAACUAACCAAAGAAGAAAUUUUAGAAUCAUAUGACCUUUUUGUGGGUAGCCAGGCAACAGACUUUGGAGAAGCCUUAACACGCCACGAUGAAUUCUAGGACAGGUUGUGAUUUCUCUUGUGCUGGGAAAAUACGGUCAUUCUGGUCAUGAACAAUUCCGUCGGGGGUCAGGCUGUUGGCUUCCCUUGAACAUCAGUGCAUGUCUUGUCCUCAGUAUUUCUGAAGCAUCGCGUCUGACAUUACGUAAUGUGUAAUGCAUGCCGAGUGAAGUAAUGUACUCGUUAGUAUUGCAAUCAUAAUCUGUAUUAAAGGUUUGAUGGAAUAUGAAAUCCAUUCUAAAAGACUAGUGUUUGCUGCUGAUCAGUGUGACAACAAAGUUAUCUGUGGUCUUCAGAAGUCUUGCCCAAGACAAGGUAGAUAGCCCAUAUGCAGCAAGCCUCAGUUUCAGUGAUCUCCAAUGGAGGCUUCGGCUUUACCCUCAACACAGCCACUCAUGGCCCACGAGGAUGCAACAUUCAGACUGGGUGUACAUUUGCGGAUGAAAGUUUCAAAUUUUAAUCUGCAGAAUUUGUGAAUCAAAAGAAGACAGUUUUAUUGUGGUUUUUAAACUGACUGAGCACGCUUAUCUGUGUCUGCACAUUAUCUGAUUAUGAUUUACCCACCGAUGGUUAUCAGUGCGUUGAUUGUACAUGUAUUAUAAUUAGAUUGCUUGAUGAAUGACUUGCUGUACAGCCAUUUGUUUCUGCUGUGAAAUCAACUUCUAAAUACUCAUCAAAAACAAUUCCUUUAAACAUUAAAUGUAUUUUAAAAGUGAAGCCAGGAACUGAAAUAAAUUUACUAUUUAUUACAGUUGUUAAUGAAGACCAGUCACUAUGUACAAAAUGUAUACAUCUUGCUUACCUAUCAGCAAGAUGAAUAAAAAUGUUCCCUGGGUAAAGAGUAAAUGAAUGUGUCAAUUUGUGUGUACAUUUAUAUAUAAUGUGUUACUUUGUACUAUUUCUGCUGAUGUACUGUCGAGGUUGAAAAGAGAACAAAAGUUUUUUUUCUUUCUAUUCGAGAAAAUGCCAAAUGUUAUCUCAUUGCUUUACACAAUUUUGCACUUACAUAGAGUUAGCUUUUUGUCUGUUAUAGGUUGUAUAAAUGUAAUACAUGUAUGCUAAGUUAAGUAAUGUAAUGUGUAUGUGGAGCUGAAUCCAGAUUAGGCAGAGUUUAUCAGUCUUGGUAACCAUAUCCAUUGUAUACAUGCCUGGCAGAAUUUAUGAUGGCUGCCACAAGUAUGAUUGUCCAUAGUUACAAAAUAGACAGUAACCCAUUAGUACUGUGUGUGUGUUCUAGAAUAGUGUAUUUUGAUAAUAUACCGGCAUGUCUCAAAUAUAUGCACCUAACAUAAUGAGGUAAACAAAAUGCGGACUGUUUGAACCGAGAGGUUAGUAAUUUCAUGCAGUAACUUCUGUAAUAGAUCAGUCAUGUUUCUCUGUUGUCAGACCUGCACCUGGUUCCACUAAAUUAUCACAGGUUAAUGUUAAUUGUAACUACUAUGACAAGUCUGGUUAAAGAUUAACGUUGCUGCAGUAGUGUUAGCUAUUAUGCAGUAUUGACUAUAUCUGUGUGCGACCUGGUACUGCUUUGUACCCAUGCAGGCUUAUCCUAUUUCAUUAGUAAUAUGAUUGUAGCUGUAGAUUUGCCUCUUCUUGUAGUUGUUGUUCUGUGAUAGUGUAUUGUUUACUAUGUUUAUCGUUGCAUCAGGUGCUUACCUAAAGCAGUGCAGCAGGGAUUUUUUUUUUCUUUUCACCCAUUACCGUUAUGACUGCUAGCAUCCGGUAAUAUUUUUUAUGGGCAAAAUAAACCCUUUUUCUUAAAAAUA